UUGCCCAAGGAUACUUCGGCAUGCAGAAUGGAACCGACCUUCUGAUUGGUGGGCAACUGCUCUACCUCCUGAGCCCCAUGCCAGAUGAAAACAGUGAAACACUUACCCACUCCUCCAGAAGGCGGGAUUAGUUUUGAUUCGUGGUUGACUUUCUGACAGUUUCAUGCUACAUCACACUUUGCAUUUAGCUGUGGUUUCUCUGAGUCACAUUGUGCUUCAGCAGCAACUGUUUUUCAGAAGUGGUGUUGCACCGAAAGGCAUCUGUGGCCUCACAGGACCCACAGUGAUGGCAACAAAAGCGGUUCUCCAGCAGCUUAUGGCAAAUCCUGACAGACUUCACAGUUUAGUGGAUGAAGCGAAAGAUUUGGCUUUGUUACAUGGAAUUGUAUUCCGGACACAUGAGACCCCAAAUUCAUCGGAGGCUGUGACCUAUGCCCCAUUCACACUCUUCCCCUCUCCUGUGCCCAAAGCCGUCUUCCUCCAGGCUCUGGCAGUGCAAACUCACUUUAACACACUGGUGGAUAAGAUCAGCCAGGACCCCGACUUUCUAGAGGAGGCUCUUGCAGGCACUUUGCAUGGAGAUGAUUUCACAGCUAGGUUGUUUGACAUAUACAGAAAAGUGCAGCAGGAAGGGCAAAAUCAGUCCAUUGUUGUUGGAUUGAACCGGUCUGACUACAUGGUUGACCAGAGGGAGGAUGGAAUAUCCUCAAUGAAGCAGAUAGAAAUCAACACUAUUGCUGUAGGUGGUUUUGGUGUGUCUGACCGUCUCCCUGUGGUGCACAGGCAUGUAUUGAAGUCAGUCGGUCUGUUGGAAGAGAGCAAAUGUAUCCAGGAUACCAACAGGACUCCUAGAAUGAGUGCCGCACUAGCCAAGGCCUGGGAGCUCUACGGCCGACAGAAGGCAGUAAUUCUCUUUCUGGUUGAGGAUGUCCAGAUUAGCAAACUCACUCAUUGCGCUGUUGAAAAAGAGCUCUGGACCAGGAAUAUUCCUGUUCUCCGCAGAAGGUUUGAGGAUGUGUUCAGAAAAGGAUCUCUUGAUGGUGACAAGAGACUGUUUAUAGAUGGGCUGGAGGUAGCUGUUGUUUACUACCGCUAUGGCUACAUGCCAGAUCACUACACUGGACAGAAUUGGGACGCUCGUCUUCUGAUGGAGCGCUCUCUGGCUGUGAAAUGUCCAGACAUCAGCACUCACCUGGCAGGAACCAAGAAGGUCCAGCAGGUGCUCGCAAGACCUGGAAUUCUGGAGAAGUUCUUCUCUGAGCAGCCUCAGGUAGUGGAGCAGAUCCGAGCAACGUUUGCUGGCCUCUACACUUUAGACAUGGGUCCAGAAGGUGACCAGACAGUGGCCAUGGCUUUGGCCAACCCUGAUGAAUUUGUCUUGAAGCCUCAGAGAGAAGGAGGAGGGAACAAUUAUUUUGGAGAGGACAUUGUCCGAGUACUACAGGAGGUUAAAAGUGACGAAAGAAGAGCUGCUUAUAUUCUGAUGGACAAGAUCCGACCCAGGACACAACAAAACUUCCUGCUGAAGAGAGGACUUCCACUCAAACUCACCUCUAUUUGUUAUGAAGUAGGAGUUCUUGGAGCUUAUGUGAGGCGUGGAAGAGAAAUGGUCCUCAAUGAAGUUGCUGGUCACGUUUUAAGGACUAUGAGCAUCAAUGAUUCAGGGAUAAUUGAUAGAGUGACUGUGUUUGACAAUCCUCUUAUCAUCUAAACUCUCCUUAUAGCUGUGGUCGGCCUGAGAGCUCAACACAUGGCAGCUCAAGAAAACACACACAAAUAGACAAAACACAAUCUCACCAGGAUAUCUUCAGAGUUCAUACCAGACCAAUGAGGCAACGGGGUCAGUGUCAGUUGUUGUGGAUCCUGCUUACUGUCCAUGCCACUAUUUACAGAGGAGACCCACAAAAAAUAUCAUUCAGUGUAACAACAGGUUAUAUAUAACAAAUUCUUGUGAGGCAACAAAAACUAGAUGACAUGUUAAAAUCUGUUUUAAGGAUCACAGUGAAGCUGAAACUCGCCCAUUUUUGUGUUCAUAGCAAAUUGAAUUUACAAAAGUGAUUUUAUUCAUAUAAAAACAUAUGAAAGUAAACAGCAGAAUAUGUUUUAAUGUUUCAAUGAAAAUAUGUAUGGUCCACAACUUGAUUUUACCAUUAUAUCUUUAAAUAAUCUGUAUUUCCUCAAUACCUUUCUUGUCUUCAUUUAUUUGUUAGUGUGUGCCUUGCAACUCUCGCUUUGUUCAAAAGCAUUAAGAAAAAUCAAUAACACAAAAAAAAUACAGAAAUGUAUUGAAAUAUUAAUAUCUAUUAAGUUUAGAAUAUGUGUGGUCUCCAAAACACAGUCCUGUCAGCUCCGUCUGUCAAUAUUGAUGGAAUGAACUAUGCUUCAGAUAUGGUGGUUUCUGUAGGUUCAUGUGGAGGCCUUCCAGAGUUCAGACAGAUUAAGCAAGUGCUAGUGCUUAAUGCAGACAUUGUUUUCUUGUGCAAACCAAUGAUAGCAUGGUAUCAUGAGCACCUUUGUGCUUAUGAAUUGACACAAAGCAGCACAGGCUUGGUUGCAACUCAUCUGACUGAGUUCAACGAUGGUUUUCCUUUGUCAGUGUACCAAGUCAGAGGCACAUUGUUUGUUUCUUUGAAACAUUAUAUAUUAUGCUAGCUGCACUAACGAUAUGCCUCUGUUCUUUGUAGAAUGAUGGAACAGAAAUGGCCAAUCAGAGUCAUCGUCACUGAUUGUGACAUUAGAAGAAUUAGUCUUGAGUCUCUGUUGGAUCACUUGAAAGUUAAACUGACACUACCAUAUGACUUUAGUCUACAAUUUGAAGACCCACUGUUUAACAAUGCCCUCUGCAACCUGACAGAUGUGUCAGAACUGCCAGAUCGAGCCACACUGAAAAUUAUAAAUCUUGAGUCCUUCUCUUUGGUUUCCAGAUAUACUGUAUACAAGUAAAGAAAAAUCUCAGCUGAUGAGGCCGGAUCCUUGGCCUUCUGUAUUUGAUAUUCCAGAAUUCUCUGUGGAUGUAAAUUUCCUACUGGAGACAGGGAGAGCUUGCCUAUAUGAAGGCUGGAACUCGGAUGGAUGUUACCUGGGACAUGAAACAUGUGAUCUUAGAGAGACUUGCAGAGACAAUGUACAAGUAUACGGCAUACCCCACUGGAAGAACACUGUCGAGAAGUGGCCUCUGCACUGAUUGCAAAGCAUCAUUGUUUGAAAGAAGCUGGAUCACCCACUGGAUAUUGCAGUUGGAAGAAUAGCAUUAAGUUCAAGAUGGGGAAUUUCCGUACAUAAAUGAGAAGAUCUGGAAUGGCCGAUGUCACAGUGAAUGGCAACAAGCGGAAGAGGGAUUCCCCUGAAGGAGAGCCAUCAUGUAGUAACAUAAAAAGGCCAAAAAGAAGUGAUCAUUAUCACCUUAUAGUAGUGUGCUUACUUGUGCUUGAGGUAGUCAAAGGGAUAGUUCUACAUUCUGGCAAAUUCACCUAUUGUCAUAAUAAUAAUAAUAAUAAUUAUCCCUAUAGUCAUAUGAGUAGGUACAUUACCUUUAAUUAUCAGUGCCUGUUGUUUUGAGAUCUGUGGGGUAGAGACGCUGAUGCUCAGUGAACACAGUGGAGGUGAACGGUACAGGGUCCCUCAAAACUCAUCAAAUACACAAUCCAACAACUCCAAAACGCUCUGAAGAACAAGUUGUGACUUGCACGUUCACCACGCUAUGAAAUAAUAAUCUUUACGAGACAGAGUUGUUUCAAGGCAAAUGCAUAGCCGGAACUGGAGAAGCGGCACCAAACGUGCACCCCGCCCACCUGGAAAGUAGUUUCGGCUAUGCAUUUGCCUUGAAAACAACUCAUUACAUUACAUUACAUUAACGUUACAUUCUUAUUUCAUGGAUCUCAAAACAACAGGUACUGAUAAUUAAAGCUAAUGUACCUAAUGUAUCUUUAAAUAAUAACAUGUACUGUUGUAGAAGUAGUAGUAGCCGCUGUAAGAAUAAUAAUAAUAUAUAUAACAUUAUUCUACUACUUACACCAACUACCUCAAGCACUUGGAAUUCAAUGUUGUAACCUGAGCACACUGCCUGUCAUAGUCUUAUUGCUUUUUUGUCAUGUUUUCCAUGAGACCAAUGACAUCACCACAACACACACUGCUGUCCUACAGUGUCUUCCCCUGUAUCUUGGAGAUAAUUCCAGCGAAUUCUUCCUCAGCUGCUCAGAUUCAGACACUGCAGCUGACUUCACCCAGGUGCCUGUUGGGGUUUUUAGAAUCAUGACUGAGGACACACCACCAUCGAUUAACAGCAUUGCCAUCAUCCUUGAAGGAAACAUUGUCAUGGAUGAGAUUCCUACAACCCCCAGCACUUUGUCUUCUGUUUGGCUUGAUAUACACACUCCAUCUAGAUUACCCCAAAGGUAUGAAGAACACAUUUGAGUUCAUCCAGAAGAUAUUGUUGAACCUUGGACAACAAAAGCUCAGCCCAAAACUGCAAACAUAAAAAAAAAUGCUCUUUCAGGCUAGAUGUUGCAGCUGGUGAUAGCCAUACUGGUUGGCUAUUUUGUGGUUUGUGAAUGAGAGUGAGUAUGAUGGGUCCAGAGAAAACGAGGAGAAAAGGUGUUUGACAAUAGUCUACAUGUCCACCAUAGUUUUUGCAUAUGUGCACACUGACUCAACAUUUAUUUUGGUGACCUCUGAUUGGUGUAAUCAUGUGUCAUCACAACCGAAGUUAAUACCAAUGUCACUAUAUUUCCACAGGUUUAGAUUACUGUAAUGGUCUCCUAAUGGCUGUGAAUCAGAAAGCACUUUUAGAAAGUUAUUUUUAUUGAAAUCCCUCUGUAUAGGUUGAUAUAUUUCUGGUGAAUUGUUUCUCAAGCAUGUAUGCACAGUGUAUGUGUAUAUAGGUUAUUACAGUGUUUUAAUACAUAAGUAUAUAGUUUUCUUAUUUAUGUUGCACCUGCAUCUGCGGUUCUGAUAGGUGCUAUAAAAAUAAAUGUUAUUAUUAUUAAUCUCAAACAGCAGACUGGAACCUUGUGAUUUCUCUUAAGUUCCUCACUGAAGGUUCCUCUUUACUGCUGCUCUGUGAACAAUCACAGUCAAGUUUUGAAUGCACUGAAAUUAAAAUAAAGCUCAUAAUCUUUAACAAAUUUUGACCCAUGGCUAUAACCUCAUAGUAAGAAACAUUUCACACACAAUAAUAUUGUUCGGAAAAGGGCUACAGACACAGCACAUUACUAUGAAGUUAAUAACAGUAAGCACUGAUUUUGUGAUUUGGUUUGGUUUUUGUAAUCUGAGCUGGUCUUUUUCAGUCUAAAAUAACCUCACAGUACUCUACACUUCCAUACAGCAUGCUGAGAGAAACUCUGCUUCUUGUCAGUGGUAAUACUGCAUAUUACUGGAAUACAGUUCCCUGAGUUUCAAACAGAUCAUCUUUACAAAUCACUGAAUGUAGCAGCUUGCAGUUUC